UCGCAGUCGAUGGGGUACCUCCUGGGUUCAAUCGCACGGACAGCGGCGAGCGGUCGCUGGGUCUCGAGAUCCGUGACAGGCCACACCACUCCAGGAAAAAAAAGACGCCGAGCGAGAAGACUGCCAAUAUCCAAGCCGGUGUAAAUACGGCCCAGCCUGCUCGCCGAGAGAAGAAUAUUAUGCUGCUGGACGCGGAACGUUGGUUUUCUGAUGCACAAGAAUAGCGGAACCACCAGCAGCUCGAUCUGGAGAAAAAGGUCCCCCAAGCUUGAUGUCGAGGGAGAUCCGCGAGCAGCAACAUCAGGUCUUCCUGGUUACCAUGGCACUCCUGGAGACAUGCAAUCUGAGCCUGUUCACAAAGCCUCAGCACCGACGCCCGAAUGCGAGCCUGCAUUUCUAUGUUGCCCUCGAUCGAACCGAACAAGGUGUGGCAAUUCCACGUGACGAUGCGAAAACGCAAAACGGAACCUCCAAAAACUCUGAAUUUACAUCGCCCCCAGGUUCACAACUAUCCCCGUCCGAGCACGACUCAAGCGGCGAAGAGCUUGCGGAAGAGAAGGAAAAGGAACAGCUGCAGUUGAUUGACCAGCUUCCAAAGUAUCACUUCUGACCGAAUUUGUUUGACCAUAAACUGGUUGCGGAAUCUCCUACUCAUUCAUAAUGCGCACCAAUCGAUCCACCUCGUCCUGCCCGAUGUUGAGGGCGAGCAACUCAGGAGUAGCCGUCACGAUCAUACGACCAAGGGGGUCGAUGUUGCCUCGAAAGAGAAUCCAAAUGUCGUCGUCUUUGAUGAAGUAGCACUCGGUGCGGUAUCCUUUCGUUCCCAUGCGGACACCUGGCGUCCACAUCCCCUUGCGGGUGAAGAUCUCCUUCAUCGGAAACCAAGCGCGUCCCAUCUGUCUCUGCCUCGACCUUACAUAACCAGGAAGUUCAGCCCACACACGAAUAUCAUGCCACAGUUUGUCUCGACGGUCCUGCCAGCGCAUCGGGUGUUCCAACAUGAAAUCGUGGAAUUCCGUCGCGAUAUGUACAGAAGAGAAAUGAACGCUGUAGCUCUGGCUUAUUAUUGCAAAUUUCGUUCCCAUGUCCUCCGCAAUGUGCUGCUGAACAUGACGCCGCAAAGCGUCCUGAAAAUGAUCUUGCCGAGCGGCCAUCAAUAACGGUCUAGGGAAGUCACCGAUCCACCUACUGCGGUCCUCAGGCUCAUCUGCUUGGACCGAUCCACCACUUGCAGCUGGGGCAUUCCCAACAUACUUCGUAGGCCGAGAACCCGCCGAGGAACCCGCCGCCGUACUCUUACAUGCGUAAACUUCCCCCUUCAACUCACCCACUGCCUGGCCCAUCUGCGUCAAGUUCUUGUUCACACUCUCGGUGAACUUGUUGAACUGGACCUCGAACAUGGCAGCAACUCCAGCGUCACCCUGAGAGGAGCCCUGCGGCAGAGCUGCCAGCAGAGUUUCGAUGCCGACGACCUUGGCCGCAAGGAGUGCGAUCUGACCCACCUCCCUCGUCAAACCCGCCUGCUGAUCGGAGAGUACCUUCAUACGUUCCUCCAUCCCACGGCUGGCAGCUGUAUUCUCCUCCAACGCCUUCGCCAUCCGUUCGAGCACAAACAUUUCGCCCACUGUGGUCGCAUCAUCGCCCAUCGCACUGCCGCGAGAGCGAGACACUUCAGAGAGGGAAAUGGGGACUGUCCCCGCAAAACCGCUCGAGCCAGCCUCGUUGGCUGCAAACAAGCUCUAGCCCCCAAGGCCAGGGUUAGAACUUG